AUGUCCUCAAACUCUCGUGCUGCAUCAAUUUCAUCGGGUUUUGUUGGUGGUGAUCCAACGCCGAUGAUUGCUGGUACUGAAGAGAAGAGUGGCUGGUUACAGAAAUGGACGAAUUACCUGAAGGGAUAUCGUCAGCGGUGGUUUGUGCUCGAUGCACAUGCGAAUCUUAGCUAUUAUAGGUUGGCAGUCCUCUACAUUCUUUGA